UCUGUCAAUGCUGCAAAUUAAUCGUAAACAAAUCGAAUCGUGCACAUUGGGUUUUGAAAAAUAAAGUUAAAAAGAGUUCCCUCUAAAGUGGUUGUUACUAUCAACCAGAAGUAUUUUACAGUGAAAUUCUUUGGAAUAUUGCAUGUAAAAUUUUAGUCAAUCGCAUCGUAAUUCUCUGAAUUCGACGUGGACGCAUUUUUAUUCAUUUAACCAAAGGGCUUGUGAAGGAUAUCGUGACAUCAACUUGCAAAAUGACCGAUUAUUGGAAGUCAAACGAGCGCAAGUACUGCGAAUAUUGCAGCUGUUGGAUAGCGGACAACAAAGCUAGCAUUCAGUUUCACGAAGGCGGAAAAAAGCAUAAGUUAAAUGUUGCCAAAAAACUGCAAGACAUCGGCAAGAAGAGCCAAAAAGAGGAGCGAGAACGACAAAAAGUGGAUAUUCAGAUGCGACAAAUGGAAGAAGCCGCUUUGAAAGCCUACGCACAAGAUAUUAAUCGUGGCGGUGAUAUCACGACACAAGAAAUGAAUGCGGCCGUUGCUGCUGCGGCCGCCAGCUACGAAGAAGAAGUUGCGACAAAAGCAACAAAUCGAUCAGCACCCGGUCCAUCGGCGAUACCAACUCGUGCCAUAGAUCCAUUGCUGCCGCCAAUCGAUGUCCUUGAAGAUGAAGAGCGCGCCAAACGGGCGAAAAUGAAGCGCAAAUCAAUUGGAACACUCGGCACCGAAGCAAAGGACCAAUCGAUGUGGGUCGAAGCCAAAAGUGACGAAGGACACACUUAUUACUGGAAUGUUAAAUCGGGAGAAAGUAUUUGGGAAGCACCGAAAGAAGGUUAUAUGACCAUCGAAGAAUACAACCGGUUGAAUCUAGUGCAUGAAGCAAAAACUGAACAACAAUUGCAUGAAGAAUCCAAGUACAUGCGUGCAAAUGCUGACGAAAUCGUUUCCAAAUAUCGACGAGAGCAGUUGAAGACGUUCCGUGCUAUACAUACACAACAAGAAGUCAAAGAAAAAGAAGCCGAACGUGAAGGCUACACUUCAUGCAAUGAAGAAGAGGAAGAAACAGCCGCUCCAGCACUUGGCAGAUGGCAAACAGUUGUUAGAAAAGAAGUGAAGCCGGUUGAUUUACAAUUACCAACCACAACCAAUAAAGACUACGGUUACAUACAACCCGUACCAACAGAAGUGGAACCAACACAAAGAGUGUUCAAGGAAAAAACCGUAAAGAGUUUAGCAGAUGAAGAUUGCAACGUUUCGAAUACCUUCAAAAAGCGCAAAUUCGGUGGAAACAGAAGGAAUGCACGUCAACGCUUAGAUGACGAUGAUUGAGCGAUUACUUUCAAUUAGUUGAUAUUUGGCAAUGUAAAAAUGACUUGAAUGUUUCGAAAAAUGUAAUGAAAUAAAUAAAUUUUCAAUGAAAAUAUUUGAUUUGUUGAUAUGAUCGGCUUAGAUUCCAAAUGUUAAAGACGCCAUCAACUGACCAAUUGCAUCAUUUUUACAUAAAUUGCGAAAUUGUCCAUUUUAACAUUUUGUGAAUCGAAUAAAAUGAUUAUUGUUUACGUAGAAAAUG